AUGGCACGUUCACGGCAUGUUGUUGUUCUUGCCCUAAUAAUGUUGGCCAUGAUUGGCCUUUCAUGUGCUGCAGAUCCACCAAUGCCUUCCGAAGAUGACUACGAAGAAGAUGACUCAGAGUUUCUCAUUGGAACCAGACGCGGUGACCCUCCUUCAGCAAAUGGCGGUGUUAUCGCAGCACCCAUCGGUGGACCAGUGCCACCGGGUGCCUUCGAUACUCCACCAGCAAAAAAUGCUGCCUCGUCAAUCCAAUUCUCCGCUGUCGGUACGGCUGUCGCCACCGCUGUUGCUGGAAUCUUUUACUUCUGA